GGGGGAGGGGGCUCGGCGUAGCGGGGUUGCGGUGGGCGCCACGCAGUUUUCGGGGGCUUCGUGGCACUCACCUAGGCUCUAGGGCUCGGGGCGGUACGCAGCGACAGCCUUCGCCCUGAGCCCGCAAAGGUUGGGGCGGAGGGGCGCGCGGAGAGUAGCCGCUCGUAAGCACGUCCGGUCUCGGGAGGCCGCGCCGCUCGCGAAGCACUCUGGGACUUGUAGUCUUCGAGAUGGAGCGAGCCGCGCUGCACGCGGUACCCCUGGGGCAGGUGGAGGUGUUUCAGGCCCUGCAGCGACUUCACAUGACCAUCUUCUCCCAGAGCGUCUCGCCCUGCGGGAAGUUUCUGGCGGCUGGCAACAAUUAUGGGCAGAUCGCCAUCUUCAGCUUGUCUGCAGCUUUGAGCUCUGAGGCUAAAGAGGAAAGUAAGAAGCCAGUGGUGACCUUCCAAGCCCAUGAUGGGCCCGUCUACAGUAUGGUCUCCACCGAUCGACACCUGCUCAGUGCUGGGGAUGGGGAAGUAAAGGCCUGGCUUUGGGCCGAGAUCCUCAAAAAGGGCAGCAAGGAGCUGUGGCGUCGUCAGCCCCCGUACAGGACCAGCCUGGAGGUGCCUGAGAUCAAUGCUCUGCUGCUGGUCCCCAAGGAAAAUUCCCUCAUCUUGGCUGGUGGAGACUGCCAGUUGCAUACAAUGGAUCUUGAAACCGGGGCUUUCACACGGGCCCUCCGGGGCCACACAGACUACAUCCACUGCCUGGCACUGCGGGACAGGAGCCCUGAGGUCCUGUCGGGUGGCGAGGAUGGGGCCGUGCGGCUUUGGGACCUCCGCGUGGCCAAGGAGGUCCAGACGAUCGAGGUGUACAAGCAUGAGGAGUGUGCCAGGCCCCACAACGGGCGCUGGAUCGGGUGCUUGGCCACCGACUCCGACUGGAUGGUCUGUGGAGGGGGCCCGGCCCUCACCCUCUGGCACCUCCGGUCCUCCACGCCCACCACCAUCUUCCCCAUGCGGGCGCCACAGAAGCACGUCACCUUCUACCAGGACCUGAUUCUGUCCGCCGGCCAGGGCCCCUGCGUCAACCAGUGGCAGCUGAGCGGGGAGCUCAAGGCCCAGGUCCCCGGCUCCUCCCCUGGGCUGCUCAGUCUCAGCCUCAAUCAGCAGCCCGCGGCCCCCGAGUGCAAGGUCCUGACGGCUGCAGGCAACAGUUGCCGGGUAGAUGUCUUCACCAACCUGGGCUACCGAGCCUUCUCCCUGUGUUUCUGACCCCCAGCCAUACCCCCUCCAUCCCAGAGAUUUGGAAUGUUUUUUUAUUUUUUUACAAAUAAACAGGCUUUUCUUCCAUGUGCAUUCUA